AUGCUACUCGAAAAACGUUUCGAAAGUGUUCACAAGAAGAAACAAGGUUCAUUUGAACUUUUCCAAUUGAAUACCACAUUGUUGUUCUGGGUUGGAUUCGUUCCUCCGCUAUUCGCAGCCAUAUUCGCUAUUCUCACUGCGAUUACUUUACAUCAAGAUAAAAUUACAAACUAUUCUUGGAUUUGUGGGCGAGCCUUUCUCCCAUCUCUAUCCCGAAUCAUCAACCUCACUCUAGAAGGACUUGUCUGGCAACUUUGCAUUCUAUUUCAUAUUCCAUUUCGUCUUCUUGAGUUGUCAGUUGGCUGGGUCCGAUAUGGACGUCUGGAAAGCAAAAGCAACAAAAAACGUUUCUGGUAUAAAAUGCAUAGGCAUCUGUAUCUUGUUUUCGGUGUCACUGAACUUUUUCUUCUCAGUGGAUUGUCAGCGAUUGGAGAAAAGGAACAUGGAAUUUGGCAUAUUUGCUUUUUCUACAGUUUUGGAGUUGUCGCACUACUUUUCUUCAUUUCUAACACAGUUUGCCAUUCUCAAUCUUUGUACUUUCUGAAUCCCUACGGACGAAUCUCGUAUCAUGUGAAAAUUGGAAUAAGUAUCUGCUAUUUUCUGUCUGCACCUGCAAUUGCAACAUUUUAUGCGCUCUACUGGAAAGCUUGUUUCACUUGGGCAUACGAAUUAUUUGCACUCGUUGAAUAUUUGGAUGUAUUCAUGGUAAUUUUUUAUCAUGGGUGUUGUGUCUACUGGGAUAUUCAGCAUAAGGUAGUCUUCAGCGUUCGGUUGAAUGUGCCACCCAAGAAGGAAAUUGAUGAGCAAGAGGAAACUGGAAAAGAAGUGACAACCGAGUUGUAA